CCAUAAAACAAGUUGCUUUGAAAGCGUUUGCGGGCUCUAAUAACUCGGAAGGAGGCACGUAUGGUGGGAGAGCUUCUGCAGCCCUACUGGGUGAAGCAGGCAGUUCGGUGGGACUCAGUUCAGACGAUCUCGAGGAAUCGACUGGGGUACAGCAACUGGUUGAAUCGGCCGGCUUUCAGGGAGCACUUGCAGAGGAUUCCGGAUUUUCGCUCUUGCAUUAUGUCGCGCUUCUGGGGCAGACGACGCUCGCGGAAGCCACCAAGGUGGACACGCCGGCCGCUAGGCGUCGGUUCGCGCGGAUAGCACG